AUGCCUGCCACCUCGAGCUUAGCCUUGCGCUUGGUCCAUGAGAAAGCCACGGCUCUGACUGCAAAGCUGAGGAGUGAAGCCGAUUUCAGCUCUUCAGGCAGCAUGGGCGGUAUUUCAGCGCCUGAAGUCCACGUGUCUGCUGCUGGAAGCAAAAGAUCUUCUUUUUCUCUCAACCGUGGCCCUUAUGGUCGGAAUAAUGGAUCCUUAUCCUACAAGUCCAGAGCCAGCCCACCUGCUUCUCGUGAAAAGGACCCUUUGUCAAGACUGGGCAAAAGCCAGCUGUGUCCUGCUAACAUCCGCCAGAAUUACGGGGCUUCUUCAGCCAGCAGGAGCAAGCCAGGCUCAUGCAAAGGAAGCGACAGCAGCUCAGUGAUGAGGCAAGAGCGAUGUUAUGUGAUGGUUUGAUUUUUCUUUCUUGUCACCAUUUCUUGUGGUGACAAUCACAGUGUGAAGCCAGAAAAUCCAGAGCAGUGCUUGACUCCUCUGCAGCAGAAGGAACUUACAGUGCAGCAUUGGAAAACAAAGCUGAAGGAAUCUGAGAGCAAACUUAAAGAAAGGGAAAUGGAAAUAGAAGAACUCAAAGCUCAGCUGGGACGGAUGAAGGAAGACUGGGUUGAGGAAGAGUGUCAUCGUGUGGAGGCAGAGCUGGCCGCCUUGGAAGCAAGAAGGGAAGUUAAACAACUCAAGCAGGUUAUUGAAAGCAUGAAAAACAGCUUGGCUGAGAAAGACAAAAAAAUGCAGCAAUACUUCAUAGACAUUAGCAUUGAAAACAAGAAACUGGAAUCUUUGCUGCAGAGCAUGGAGAUGGCUCAGAGCAGCUCUGUGAGAGAUGAGCAGUGCCUGGAGCACAGGCGUGACUCAGAGGGGAAGCCGUUGGUGGUGUGUGCCACAAUGCCAGACAGCCUCACCACAGAGGACCAAGCUCUGAAGGAGGUGGCAGAUAGUGGGCUGCUUUUUAAUGAGGGCACAGCUAACGGGACUGAUUCCUGUGAAGACAGUUUCACCACCAUAACCUCUGAGUUGAGUGAUCCAGCUCCCUCCAGUUCUGCUGUGAAUCAAGAGAUGCUUGAAAGUGUUCUGGAUGAGAAACUAACUUCUUUCCAGGAGGAGGAGAAAGUCAGCAACGUGAUGGUGGAACAGGCCAUCCAGACUGACGUGGUGGCAUCUAGCCUAGAUGUGGAGCAGCUCAUUCAAAACAUCUUCAGAGCUCAAGACGCCUGUCCUCUAAGCCCACCGUCUUCACUGAAGGAACUGGGUGAAUUUUCUCCUGGAAGGUUCAGUGACUCUGGUAUCGUAGUGGACUUAACUCCAAGUCAUCUAAACGCUGCCAUCCUUUUGUCACCUAUGGAGUCUCCAUGCAGGAAGGUGGAGCACGGAGUUAAUGAAAACCAUUUCGUGAAGGAACGUGAUUUUACAGAACCUCAUGAUGAUGAAGCCUUUGGGUAUGUCAAGACAGGAAUAAAGAAGAGAUAUGUAGCAGCCCCUGUUGUACCAACUAUCCUGUGGGCUUUCCAUACUCGGAGAGGAGGAACAGAUCCCGUUUACAGUAUUGGAGCAUUGCUUCGUGUUUGCGGCCUGGUGGCCCUGCACUCUACACCAUACACCCUUCGAGAUGAAAACCUGAAGUCCACUCCAUCCCCGGGCACCGGCUGGCUGAGGCAGAGAGAAAGAGGGCACAUCUGCACAGUGAACAUGACCAGGGAAAUCAAGCAGAAUUACAGCUAG